UGGCUGUCUGCUCGCGGUGUCUGGGCGUGGGCCCCCGCCGCAGCUCCGCGGAGCCUCCGUGUCUCCUGCGAAGGGGCGGGGGGAGCGGCGAGAGCCCGGGGCUGCGGCUUCCUCCCCGCGCCGAGUCUCCUGCGCAUCGCCAAGCAGGACGCCAGCCCGAGCCGGGUCCCCACACCGCGGCGCGCCCGGCCUGCAGCCCACCCCAGAACAAUCAACCAUGACGACUGAAUCAGGAUCAGACUCAGAAUCUAAGCCGGACCAGGAGGCUGAGCCCCAGGAGGCAGCAGGGCCUCAGGGGCAGGCAGGGGCUCAGCCUGGGCCAGAGCCUGUGAGCGGGAGCAGUGAGGAACCUCCAGCAUUGGAACAGUUCCCAGCCGCUGCUGCGCACAGCACCCCUGUGCGGAAGGAGGUCACUGACAAGGAACGGGACUUUGCUGCCGCAGCUGCAAAACAGCUUGAAUAUCAGCAAUUUGAAGACGAUAAACUUUCUCAGAAAUCAUCUAGCAGCAAACUAUCCAGGUCCCCAUUAAAGAUCGUGAAAAGACCCAAAAGUAUGCAGUGCAAAGUGAUACUUCUGGAUGGAUCAGAAUAUGCCUGCGAUGUGGACAAACGCUCCAGAGGGCAAGUGCUAUUUGACAAAGUGUGUGAGCAUCUGAACCUGCUAGAAAAAGACUACUUCGGUCUCACGUAUCGUGACGCAGAGAAUCAGAAGAAUUGGCUGGACCCUGCUAAGGAAAUUAAAAAACAGAUUCGAAGUGGUGCUUGGCAUUUUUCAUUUAAUGUGAAAUUUUACCCACCAGACCCAGCCCAGCUAUCUGAAGAUAUCACCAGGUACUACCUCUGCUUACAGUUGCGAGAUGACAUCGUGUCUGGAAGGCUGCCCUGUUCCUUUGUAACACUUGCCCUGCUGGGCUCCUACACGGUGCAGUCAGAACUAGGAGACUACGACCCCGAUGAAUGUGGGAAUGACUACAUCAGUGAGUUCCGCUUUGCACCAAAUCACACUAAAGAACUGGAAGAUAAAGUGAUUGAGCUCCACAAGAGCCACAGAGGAAUGACGCCAGCCGAAGCAGAAAUGCAUUUCUUGGAAAAUGCCAAAAAGCUUUCCAUGUAUGGGGUCGAUUUGCAUCAUGCCAAGGAUUCGGAAGGAGUUGAAAUUAUGUUAGGAGUCUGUGCCAGUGGUCUCUUGAUAUAUCGUGACCGGCUGCGAAUUAACAGAUUUGCCUGGCCCAAGGUCCUAAAGAUUUCAUACAAACGGAACAACUUUUAUAUUAAGAUCCGGCCAGGAGAGUUUGAGCAAUUUGAAAGCACCAUUGGGUUUAAGCUGCCAAACCAUCGAGCUGCCAAGCGCUUAUGGAAAGUGUGUGUUGAGCACCAUACAUUUUUCAGACUACUGCUACCCGAAGCACCGCCAAAGAAAUUCCUGACCUUGGGCUCCAAGUUCCGUUACAGUGGCAGGACGCAGGCCCAAACCAGAAGAGCCAGUGCACUGAUAGACCGCCCAGCGCCUUACUUCGAACGCUCAUCCAGCAAACGUUACACCAUGUCUCGCAGCUUAGAUGGAGCGUCAGUGAAUGAAAACCAUGAAAUAUACAUGAAGGAUUCUAUGUCUGCUGCAGAGGUUGGUACUGGCCAGUACGCCACAACAAAGGGCAUCUCUCAGACCAACUUGAUCACCACUGUGACUCCAGAGAAAAAGGCUGAAGAAGAGCGUGACGAGGAAGAGGACAGACGGAGGAAGGCCGAGGAAGCCACGCCUGUUGCGGCCAUCCGACACGAGGGAAAGUCACCUGGGCAUGGCACUGACUCAUGUCCCUUGUCACCCCCAUCAGCCCAUUUUGACCCUACAUCCCCCACAGAGCUUCGUAGGAGAUGUAAGGAGAAUGAGCGCACAUUUCCAGGUUCUGAGCUCUCCAAAGCCGAGUCUGCCUUGGAGUCUGAUGGCCAGGGGAAGACUUACUUAGGGGACCAAGAUGUGGCAUUUAGUUAUAGACAACAGACUGGCAAAGGAACCACGCUGUUUUCCUUCUCCUUGCAGCUCCCUGAGUCGUUCCCUUCCCUCCUAGAUGAUGAUGGGUACCUCUCGUUCCCCAACCUGUCUGAAACCAACCUCCUGCCCCAGAGCUGGCAGCACUACCUCCCCAUCCGCUCACCCUCCCUCGUGCCCUGCUUCCUCUUCAUCUUCUUCUUCCUGCUCUCUGCCUCCUUCUCAGUACCAUACGCCCUCACUCUCUCCUUCCCUCUGGCUCUGUGCCUCUGCUACCUGGAGCCCAAGGCAGCCUCCUUGAGCGCCUCCCUAGACAAUGACCCGAGUGACAGUUCAGAGGAAGAGACUGACAGUGAACGGACAGACACAGCGGCUGAUGGGGAAACCACCGCCACUGAGUCGGACCAGGAGGAAGAUGCAGAGCUCAAGGCACAGGAGCUAGAUAAAACUCAAGAUGAACUGAUGAAGCAUCAAACCAACAUCAGUGAGUUGAAAAGAACCUUCUUAGAGACCUCUACAGAAACUGCCAUAACAAAUGAAUGGGAAAAGAGACUUUCUACUUCUCCAGUGCGACUGGCUGCCAGGCAGGAGGAUGCACCCAUGAUUGAGCCACUGGAACCUGAAGAGACCAAAGAAGACAGAGUGAUUUCUGAAAAAGUUUUAUUUUUGCAACAAGGAAGUUCACCAUUCCUUGAGUCUCAGACUAAGCAAUCUUCUGGGGAAAAGCUCAUGGAUGGCUCCGAGAUCCUCAGUUUAUUAGAGUCUGCACGAAAGCCAACAGAAUUCAUAGGAGGGGUUUCGUCCACUUCCCAAAGCUGGGUGCAGAAAGUGGAAACGAAGACAGAGUCCAGUGAAACAGAGACAGAAACGACCCCUCACCACCAGCCCCUCAGCACUGAGAAGGUGGUGCAGGAAACUUUGUUGGUGGAAGAGAGGCGCGUGAUGAACGUGCAUGCCAGUGGAGAUGCUUCUCACACAGCAGGGGAUGACAUGGAUGCUGCAGCACAGUCCACAGCACCAGCAGGCGCUUCCAGUAUGAAAGGGAAGGAGGACUCUUCUCUGACGGAAGCAGUUAAGGAGGAAAGAGGGGAGGAGGCUGCGAAGUCUGUCCCUGAGCAGGAAGGGACAGCCACGGCCUCCCACAAGGAGGAGCAGGCGGCAGGUAUACCAGCUUCUGAGGCUUUGGAACAAAAGUCUCAUUUUGAGUCGUCCACUGUGAAGAUGGAGAGCAUGAGCUUUGGCAGCAUUUCUCCAGGAGGAGUAAAGCUGGAAAUUUCUACCAAGGAGGUGCCAGUAGUUCACACAGAAACCAAAACUAUCACAUAUGAAUCAUCACAGGCUGAUCCUGGGGCAGAUCUGGAGCCAGGUGUGCUAAUGAGUGCACAGACAAUCACAUCUGAAACCACCAGUACCACCACCACCACUCACAUCACCAAAACUGUGAAAGGAGGCAUUUCGGAGACAAGAAUUGAGAAGCGAAUAGUCAUCACAGGAGAUGCUGAUAUUGACCAUGACCAGGCGCUGGCUCAGGCAAUUAAAGAAGCCAAAGAGCAGCACCCUGACAUGUCAGUGACCAAAGUAGUGGUCCAUAAAGAGACAGAAAUCACACCAGAGGAUGGAGAGGAUUGAGCAGAGGAAUAACUUAGCUUGCACAUGAACCCAGUCAUGUUAACCAUUAGGAAAACCAGAGCCUAUAUGGAGUUCCCUCUUCUAACCCAACUGACUUCUGUCUGUCCAUGGAAAAUUCCAAUCCAGAAGAACUGACCUUGACCAUUAAUAAAGACACUGGCAGAGAGAUCCUCCCAUAAUAAAGCAAUCCGAAUCAACAUCACUAAACUGAUACUGCAUGAAGCAACGCUAAAUCACAAAAGAGCAGCAUUUUUAAUUUUCACAAAAAUGUCUCCGUUUUCAACUCUGCACGUUCAUAACCAACAAUAUAAACCGUGAUCUCAUGUAACACAACUCAUGCCUUUCAUAGUUUAUUAUUACUCAACAAAAUUACAAUUUCUUAGGUGACAAAUCUUCUGUUUACAGAUAAAUGGUGAUUACCCUAAAAUGCUAUAAGCUGUCUAGGUCCGGUGUGUCAGAUUUAUCCCAGAUUAGAUGCCAAUACCGAAUUUAUUCAGUAAACAACUUGAAUCUUGUCCUCAUUUCAUCUGGUUUUAUUAUUCUCACCCAUGAGCAGCAAUGACUCUCUGACCCUCUGGACAUAUUUAAUGCUUACAAUCUUGCUUUGUGUCUCUAAUUUAAUUUGUUAUAAAGUAGUACUGAUUUUAGCACACUGAUGUAAUUUGUUCCUAGUCACUUGCUUUGGUGUGCGUUCAAUCCAGAAAGUUUCCCAGAGUUCUAAUAAAUCUUAAAUAUGUAAAUUGUCAUUGUUUGGGGAAGAAAACUUGUACUUUUGUUAGUUUACAAUAUUAUGACAAUUCACUGCAGGUAAAUCUGCCGGGCCUCUGUUGCUUUGUGUUUGUUCUUUCUUUUUCCUUGUAUUUUUUUUUCAUUGAUUUUUUUUUUCUUUUACUUGAACAACAACAAAAAAAGUGUUUUAUUUCCAAAUCUGGUCCAUCUUUACAAUCUAGUUCAGAGCCAAGCCUUAAACUGUACAGAAUUUCCACUGUAAUUAAAUCUAUUUAGUGUUUAGUUAUAAAUAGCCUUCAGAAAGAUAUAUUCUCCAUUACAUUGUCAACUGCAUCACGGUCCAUGGUGAAUGAUAUUACUGCAUUGCAAAAUAAAAAAUGGCAAAUGCAUUGAAAGUU